AUGUUCUUCAAUAACGAGCAACUCACUGUCGAGCAGCGUCAGAUGUACGCUGCCGAAAAACUCGUCAACUUCCGCUUUAUCGCCAAACUGCUCGGCACGCGAUCACACCACGUCCUCACCUCCGUUGACCUCGCACCGCUCACCCUCCAAUCUGAGCUCUCAAUCUGGUCCCAGUUCGCCGAGGUCGCCUAUAGCGUCGUCCCCGUAAAACUUGUCUUCGAGAAACUGGACGUUUUAUCGGGGACGGGCUUUCCGCUCGAAGGCUAUGACGCGUUGAAGGACUCCAUCUUCGUCGACGCUGUCCGGGGCGAAGUCGCAGACGUACCGGCAUACGUGGCAUACAGACCACAACUGAAGCAGCUCGUCGUCGCGUUCUCUGGAACAGCUUCGUUCUCGCAAGUCAUACAGGACUUGAGGGCGUCAAAGACUCCUUACCCCCGACUCCCUUCGAAAGAAAGCUCUAAACGCUCGCGGUGUGCGGUACAUACGGGUUUCUGGAAGCUGUACGAAGGCGUUGGCCCGGCGAUGUUGAAUGUUGUGAAGGGUGCGCUCGAGAGCUUCGAGGUGGGGGAGAUCGUGCUCACAGGUCAUAGCAUGGGUGGCGUGCUGUGUUAUUUGUUAGCGAUGGACCUGCUUGCGCCGGGGGUGGAUGUGUCGCCCAGCCUGAUGAAUUCGACAACGUUGCGACUCGUGGCGUUCGGAUCGCCUCGGUGGGCUAAUGAAGAUAUGGCGCAGUAUUGGACCGAUACGGUACGUGCGUGCCGAGCGCAACAUGGGGAGGAUUCACUAUUGGAGUACUCCGUGAAGGGGCUCAACGAUGGUGUACCUGCACUUCCCCCUACAUACUUGGGCUACCGACAUGUCUGCGAAACCCCUCUAUACUUCACGAAGGGGAAUCUAUACCGAAUACCCACAUCCGAGCGUGAGCACGCAUUCUUCAGCGUCGACACGGACAGUACGAAGUCCUCUGAGUCCGUGCGUGGUAGAACAGCUUCUACCGCUUCUUCGCUUCCAUCAUCCGCCUCCACAUUACACCAGUUUGGAUAUUUGCAUCCAAGAGGAGGGCAUAAUUACUAUAGCGAAAGGGACAUGGAGAAGAUGCAGAGGAGGAUGAGGUGGUUGCAUGGCGUGAUGUCGAAGGAGGGAGAGGCGAAUUGGAGAGAACAAUACCUUAGGCAUCUUGCUGCUCAUGAGGGCGGCAAGACUAUCAGUGCUACCACUAAGAAUUCGACACAGAAUAAUAACUCCUGA